AUGGCAGGAGGGAUUGCCGGCAAUCUGGUCAUGGGGGUCGCCCGUCUGGCCGCGAUGUACGACGCCGAUCGCACCAACGCCGAGAAGUGCAAAGAGAUUAAGCGUAUAGCGAAUCGCGCCUGGAAGGAUCUGCAGGCCUGGAAGGGGAACAAAAACAAUAACUCCAGUGUGAGGGAUGCACUGGAUGAUCUGGAGGAGUCCAUCAGGCGCGCCCUCAGGCUCGUCAGGGCCUGCCAGACAAGGGAUCUAAACUUUUUGGAGCAAGUGCUGCGUCUCUACAGGGCGGAAGACAUAACGAAAGAGCUGCAGCAGGUACAGGAAGAUAUGUCGCUGAAAUUGGCGGCGGCGACUUUCGCCAUCAUCAACAACCACGGCAUGGCGCCCAACGCUAAUCCCGCUGGUCACCGUCCGCCCCAACUGCAACAGGAGGUACUGAUGCUUGCCUGCACCUGUCAUAUCUAG